AGACGUGGAGCAGAGAAAAGCCACAUCCUGUUAUCCGCUUCCCCUCCACCACCAAAAUUAGAAAUUUACUCCGUAUAUCAUAUGAUGAGAUCUUCAUCCAAUUUCACUGUUUCUCCCGAGUCCUGAAAUCAAUUUUUUUCUUUAUUAAACCCAAAUCAUUCCAGGAUUUGCAGAGUGCCCGAUGAUGAUAAACCUCUCAUCAUCAUCAUCAUCUUCUUCCCCUCUAUUCCUCAACAGGUUAACAAAUUCAAAGGUACCCAUUUCACAAUACCCUCCAAGGAACAAAACCCAGGUUUCAAAAUCAUCUCUUGAUUGCUCAUUUUCCUGUUCACGCAUGUUCAAGGAUCAAUUCUGUCAUGCGAGGAGGGGAAAUUCCAAGCUUCACGCAAUACCCGGGCUGGAUUCCGGUGGUCUCGAGGGUGCGCGGUCAGUUCUUGAGGCGAUUGGAGUGUUGACCGCCAUCGUCGUAGUCCAUGAAAGUGGCCACUUCUUGGCAGCUUAUCUUCAGGGAAUUCAUGUGAGUAAGUUUGCUGUUGGGUUCGGCCCGAUUUUAGCUAAAUUCAAUUCCAAGAACGUGGAGUUUUCAAUUAGAGCAAUCCCUUUAGGUGGGUUUGUUGGAUUCCCUGAUAACGAUCCUGAUAGUGAUAUCCCGGAGGACGACAAGAAUCUGCUUAAAAACAGGCCGGUUUUCGAUAGAAUGCUUGUUAUUUCAGCUGGUGUAAUUGCUAAUGUAGUGUUUGCUUAUGCUUUAAUCUUUACACAAGUGAUAUCAGUUGGAUUUCCUGUUCAAGAGGCCUUCCCCGGUGUGCUCGUUCCAGAUGUGAAGCCAUUUUCAGCUGGUAGCCGACAUGGUAUAGUCCCCGGAGAUGUCAUUCUAGGUGUCAAUGGAAUUGAACUCAGGAAAACCGGACCAGAUUUGAUUUCUGAGGUUGUUGAUGCCAUCAAGAAAAGCCCAGAGAGAAGUGUGUGGCUUAAGAUAGGGAGAGGAGAACAAAGCAUUGAUAUAAAUGUAACUCCUGAUACAAGUUUUGAUGGUACGGGUCGAAUUGGAGUCCAAUUAGCACCAAACUACAAGGUUUUGAAGGUCAGACCCAAGAAUCUAUCAGAAGUGUUUAGUUUCACAGGAAGCGAAUUCUGGGGACUUGCGUCCAAUGUGAUAGACGGCAUGAGACAGAUAUUCUCAAACUUCUCUCAGUCUGCGAGUAAGGUUUCUGGUCCAAUUGCCAUUGUCGCUCUUGGUGCUCAAGUUGCAAGGUCAAAUAUAGAUGGCCUAUACGAAUUCGCUGCUGUUCUGAACCUUAACCUUGCAUUGAUAAACAUUCUUCCUGUCCCUGCCCUUGACGGGGGGUCAUUGUUUUUGGUGCUCAUUGAGGCAGCUAGAGGCGGGCGAAAGCUUCCGGAAGAAGUUGAGGAACAAAUUAUGGCAUCCGGAGUCAUGUUUGUCCUAGUCCUCGGGGUCUUCCUUCUUGUGCGGGACACGCUAAAUCUUGAAUUCAUAAAGGAUUUAUUAUGAUGGUUUGGCAAAAUGUCUGGUAUGGGACGUACGGUUCGGCUCGGAAGAACAUAUGAGUUGAAAGUGCUUGCUUGCAGGAUGUGUCUCAAGGGGGGAAAAGAGGUUUUCUCUUUGGUCAAUUGAGUUAAGUUCUCAUUGUUCUAAAUGUUCAAUGCCAGAUGUUCGUUUUGGCGUUGUACCAGUUCAUGUUCGUUUUGGCAUUUUGAUAUUUGUUGGGGUAAGAUGAGGGCUAGACGUCUGUACCGGUAACCAUUGAAGUGAGGAUUGCGAAAGACGAACAUCAAUGCUCGGUGUCUAUACAUGUUGGCGUACAUGUUGG